CACAACCACCACGACCUCGCCGCAGCAUUUACCAACGACAACGACCGCUGUCUGCGCUGUGCUCAAUGUCGCUCCCAAGAUCCGACUAUGACCCUCGAAGAGUCUGCUUGAACCCAUUCCCCAACUUUACGCUGGGAAAGCACAAGAGAACGAUUGGCGUCUACCUGGCUGGUGCCUUGUUUGCGAUCGCGAACUGGGCCUUCCUCGAUGCUGCCAUCCUCUCAGCCCAUGCAAAAGUGCCAUGGGAGAACCCUGAUACCCCAACCGAGCCCCCGGUACAUGUUACAUUCGUCGACUGGAUUCCAGGCAUCUGCUCCCUACUCGGCUACAUCGUGAUCAACUUGAUAGACAAAGAUCGAAUUCGCGGAGACGAGGGCUUUGGGGACUCGAGGGCGGUCUGGAGGGCACGCCUAUUCUUGUUCAUUGGGUUUGCUUUGAUGGCGGGCGGAUUGGCGGGGAGUGUGACCGUUCUUGUCUUGAAGUAUGUCCUCCCAGGAUACACGGAGCAGUUCAGGUACUACGGUUAUGCAAACGUCUCGCAAAGCGUCGCCAUGAUGCUUUCCGCUAUCAUUCUCUGGAUUUCCCAGAGCACCAGCAAUGAAUACGAAUACAAUCUCACCCUUUGAUAGCAGCGUGAGAUGUCUUCCAUCUCUGUUUUGUAUCCUUCUUUUCACGCGUCGUGCAUCUGUAUACUAGUUGAUCUUCUGUGCUCAUAGAUUAUAAACCAUGGACUUGAUUCAGUAACCCA